AUGGCGUUCUUGUAUGGUGUUCUUGAUGCGGUGAAAAACGAAAAUGAAGUGACAACUUAUGAUAGUUACAUCAGUGAUAACAAUAAUAGACUUGAAAGUGUACUAAAACUUGUAGAUAGUAAAAUUGGCUCCGGGCGUACUGGGCUUGCGGUGUCUGUCGGCGCGGUGAGGGAAUGGUUGGAGGGGUAUGAGAGGGAGAUAAAUGAUAAAACCAAAAAAGUAACAGAUGAAUUAACCUGGUUAAUUAACAAUCUAAACGGUAAUUACAAAAAUAAAAUUAACGAAAACUCUUCCCUCACUGAUCAGUUGUCUGCUUGGUCGGAGGUAAUCGGUAACAUUGACUUCGACGUCACUAAAAUUGAAGAAGAAAAAAUAAGUAAGCUUGAUAAAGCGUUAAAAGAAAAAGUUAUGCAUAAAGUGGAUACCGUUAAAAGGUCUGUAAAAAUGUUGAAGGAGUCGGCAAAAAGUGGCGAUGUAAUGGAUUACGCUCGUAGAGUUGAUGAGAGUUUGGAGGCUGAGGAAAAAGAGAUUGUAAAGAAAAUUGAUACACAAUGUGAGUGCGUGAAAGAUAGACUACACUCGGAGUUUUACAACAUUGAUCAACGUGUUACAGCUCUAAAGAAGACCAAAGACGGCCACAUCGAACAUAUACAAAAUCUCAUUUCAGGAGCCCAGCAGGAAAUACAGACACUCGAGAAUCGCAUCAAUGAGCAUUAUAAAGCUGAGCUUGAGCGCAAGUUUGAGAUUUUAGAUCUCGAAAUGGCAAAGAUAAAAGCGGCGCCUGGUAUUCAAACGGCAGCAGAAAGAUCCCGGCUCCAUAAGGAGAUAGAUGAUAUAAAAAAGGCUGCCCAGGGGAUGAGGAAAGAAUUGGAAAUGGAGUUGAUAAACGUAAAAAAAACAGUGGCAGGCGCUGUGAAUGGAAGUGGAAGCGAUGGACUAAUUCAACGAAUUAAGAGCGCAGUGAUUGGGUUGAAGAAAAACAUAGAAGACGAUUUGAAAUCGUUGAAAAAUAAAAUCGAUGGUGCGAUGAAGGAGUAUGUGAAGGGAUAUAUCAAUGCGGUAAGCGAAAAAGUUAAGGAAAUAAAGGGACAUGUCGGGGAUAUUGGCAAGCCAUUCAACGAUGAAGCCAGGAAAAGUAUAGAUUUUAAUUGGAAUAUACUCAGAGCUCAGACGAAUCGGCGCCUGUCGGAAAUGUAUGAAAAAAAAGCAGGCAAAAACAGCGGCCACCUUGGCGGACUUCUCGACAAAGUCAGGGAGUAUGCUAAAGGCUUGGGAUUAAAGUUGAAGCAAGAUAAAGGGACAAUCGACACGUGGCUUAAUAGGGUUCUGACAGAUAAUGCGGCCGUGAAUAAUUAUAUCAGUUCGUAUCUCCGGUUUAACGAAACGACUCAUGGUAGAAGUUUCAAUCCUCAGUAUAACGGCCGCCAGAGCGGUGCAGAAAGUGUGAAAGAAGCCAUCAGAACUAAGCUUAUGUACGAGUUGAAAAACAUAUCGGUUGCUGGGCCAUCAGGCGAUGGCAGUAAAAUGGAAGAUAUUUUACAGGAAAUUAGUGAAAUGUUUCAGAACGUUGCUAAGCAAAUUGACACUACUGAGUCUAAUAAAGCCGAAUUAAUAAUUACGAAGAUUGAGGGGGACCUGGGUGUUUCUUCGUUCACUAGUAAUAGUGAUUACCAAACGUAUAAAGGCUAUCUCACAUGGGCAAUACGAACCACUUUGCUACAGGUGUCUCUUAUAGCCAAACAAAUCGGCGAGGAAAUUAAGGCCGUUUUACAGGAUUCUAAUAUACAGGAAAGCGUGGAUGAGGCAAUAAAAAAGAUCAAUUCAAUAAAAGAACAAUUAGACCUCGAUGGAUCAGAGCAAAAACAUGGCAAGCAGAUGCAAAAGGCUUUGGACACGGUAAAAACAAGUAUUGACCAGCUUCAGAAUGAUUUUCAUAAAUCCCGUCAAGACACAACCUCCUCCACCUACGUCGCCGGAUCAAACACGGUUAAUGUUGGUGACGGUGUUAAAAGUACCAUUGAAAAUAUACUGAAUGGCAAGAUUGGCCCGGAUUCUAAGAUCAUGUUCGAUGAUAUCAUGACGAAUUACAAUGCCAACACUACGGAAAAGAGUAACCUUCAGACUUCAAUAACAGCCAUUGAAACAACUGUUAAGCGCGCCAUGCAACAGGACAAAGAUGAAAUUAAUACUCAUCAACUUAAUAGUUAUGACGAAGAACACAGAAAGUAUGCCUCAGGUGUUAGCGCUCUCGAACAUACUGUCGAGCAUCUAGAAACUCUCCCCCAAAAAGUUGCCAUUGCUAGGCAAGCCGCGAUGAAAAACAUCGAUGCGUUGAACAAUGAAGUAAGUGCCAUAAGAACCAUAAUGGCUAAGUAUGUAGAGCCGAGCGUGACCACCGCAUCAUUAGAGUUAGACAAAACCAUUGAAACUUUUCAAACAUUGUUACAUGAGGUCCAUGAAAAUGCUCGUGGCGGUGUAUCUCAGAUGAAAAAAACUCUCCAUCAUAAAGUCCAAUCUACCUUCACCAUGAUCACCAACCAAGUCCGCACUCUAUUUUCAGACGCCCACAAAGCCGACCUGGCUGCGCUCAAGACGCUCGUCGAGGGGCAGAAAGAGGAGAUUGAGAAGAUCAUCAGAUCUGCAAAAAUUACAGGUGUGAUGGGAUUGAUAAGGAAAAUGCAUACUAAUAAAAGCGACUUUGAACAAAUUAGCGAAUUUGUGACUCCCGUGAAAUUGAAGGCCGUACCAACUAAAGAGGAUUUCACUGGCAUGUCUUCACACUUCAGGAAAAUUGUCGACUCGGUUCUCGAAUACACCGAAUAUCAAGUGUCCACUUCGUCUGGCGAUCCUCAUAAACGCCUGCCCACCGACCAGUCCGAGAAGGUGAGACAUCUCAAGGACGCAUUUGAUGCCCUUCUUCACUACCUUAAACAAAAUGGCGAUUCAACUCGGCAGUACCUUUUUGACCAUCAUUUUGAUGAUUUACUCGCCUCCCUCAACUCUCUUGUCACCUCCCUCUCUCCCACCUUCACCUCCCCCUCCCCCCUCCUCGCCCCCCUCAAGUCCGGCCUCUCCAACUUCGCCCAGCAACUCGGCCUCGCGUACGUGAGUAGGUACUCGGGGGUGAAACGUUCUGAUGACUGGGUUGUUCCAGAUGAUUCUAAACCUAAAGAUGCUGCCGAAAAACCAGAAACUCCCAAAACUGUUUUAACCCCUGAGGGCCGCAACUGCGCCAAGGUCUGCCUGACGAUAGUGGAGAUACUUAACGAUGGAUUUGGAAGAUUAAGGAAAUAUUGUAGUACUACAGGUGGCUACAGUAAAAGUAAUAUUUGUUUAGAGAUGGAUCAUAAAAAUGGGCAAAAAACAAAAAACCAACUUGGCUCAUGGUUGCAGUCACGUGGCUUCAGCAUUCCCGCUGACAAGGACACCCAAAACGGGGAGUUGAACAGGAACGUAACGGGCGCAAAAAUCAUCGAAUACAUGACAAAGAAGAGUACGCAACCGCCGAAUAGCAAGGGAAUUUACGAUGAAGCCGACAAGCCGGACGGUCCACUUUGGCAGCUUGUCAGCCACCUUGGCACAUACUACAAGGUAUGUAACUACAAACACAUCGAGAAGCCGAAGGCGCCGCUGAACGUGUACCAGAUGCUUCAAUGGCUAGCAGGGCUGUGGUACAACCCAGUGCUAUAUCCACUAUUCAAGUGCUUCAAGGAGUUGUUCCCCAAGCUCAAGGAAGACGAAGGGAAAGAUUAUUCUGAAAUUGAUCGCGAUCGACUAAAACUUGAGGCCUACCCUAGCACUGUCAAAUACACAGACUCAGCAUCCAUACUUUAUCAAGUUUGCUUCCAGGCCAAGAACACGUUGGUUGCUAUCCUAGGCAAUGGCCACGCAGGCGGCCGGUACGCCGUUGACUUCAACACUAAUGAAGAUAAUCUAGACUAUGGUAGCAGUCCUAACGCGUGCUUCGAUAUGCUUGCUGAUGUAUCGUUUCGAGUAUACCAACAAAGUCAUUUCCUCCAAAAACAGUGCUACAACGGCACUAAGAGCGGUGGUUGGGAGGACUGCCACUAUGGUCGGCACGUCGGUGGAUCGUCAUGGAUCUGUAAUGAAGAUCAAUGUGCGAACCAAAACUGUGACCAAACACGUAAGCAAAUAGCUGACCAAAAGACUAACCAAAAUGCCAACCAAACUGGUAGCCAAAAGUGCAACCAGCACCCUGUGUGCGGUGUCAAGUCCCCGCUUCAGUCCUACCUUGAAGACGGUUUACAAAAAUUCCUCCCUCAUCACCUUACCAAGGUGGGAUGCGGAGUCAAGUGCUCAGUAGGUAACCACUUUGGCAAACCGUGUCUCACUCCCAUGGGUUUUACAGACAUCGGUAUACUGGCAUCGCACACUCAAACAGGUGCGUACAUCAAACGGGCGUUUCACGAUCUCUGCGGUGAUUCAGAUAAGCCUCUAAGCAAAUUAUGCAGUCUCUUAACAUGCCUACUCCGCCGGCCACCUCAGACGCUUGGAGACAUGUUUGCCUUCUACCACCAAUUCCUUUCCAAUUUUGAUAACAAGCACAAAGGCGUUGCCUUCAAAGUGGCUGUCCAGAAAGCUAACUUUGGAAUUCCCACUACGGAGCUGGACGUUACAUCGAUUCAAAAGAGCAGUAAUCAUGAAAAUGCCGACGUAAUAGCAUCAAGUAGACCGGUGAGUACCCAUCUCAAAGGUGACCUAUUUGCACUUUCAUCCUGCAAUCCUAAAGACGCUCCUUGCUUGCCGUGCGGUCGAUACCUACAACCUCUGUAUCUCAAUAUGCGCAACAUAUUUGUCGAUAAGCACGCUGACACUUAUCUGUCCUGGGUCGUCUACAUCACUGAGACAUUCUAUGAUUUACUAAAGAAAUUAUAUGACGAAUGUGACGCUAGAUGCGGCGGUGAGAAACCUAAAUGCCGUAUCAGUAAGUGCGGCGAUGCUUGCGGAACUAAGAGAAAUCCAGGCGCCCACGGAGUCAAUCAUGAUAGCGAGUGCAAAUCCAUUGUAAAGUGUCCCGAUACUCAUCCGGCACUAUACAGAUAUGGUUUCACAUUCGGGAGUCCGAAUGACCUAAGCGGCGUGAGCGGUGUUGGCAAGCAGCGUACAUGUCACGAUUUCUGUGAGGCAUUGAAAACAGUUGUGAAGGAAGAUAAUUUACUCUUCAAACUCGUGAAUAAGCUUAUUCCGGAAUACAUUUUUGCCAUCCGCGCUCCCUUCAUCUGGCUCAAUGUAGCGCUCUGGCUCCUCUCCUUUUUGUACCUCCUCCACAUCAUGGUCAUCCGCCUAGACAUCCUCCACAUCAAAUCGCAUUUACAUAGUCCCUCAUCACAUCGCAUAGCUGCCCAAUCACUGCUCGCUGCUGGACGUGUUAACAAGCUUAACAGGGUGUUUUAUCUGCAACCAUAA